AUGACAAAAGACCGACAAGCGCGCAAGCGGCCCUUCGCGGGCUUCAUGAAGCGCCUCGCCAACCUCAAAUCCUCGUCCGACUCGCCCAGCGCCUCGAGUAAGAAGAGUUCGGGCAGCACACCGUCCAAGUCGAAGAAGGCAGCAGCAAAGAACAACCCGUACCCAGAGUCGGGCCACGGAAACGGUAACGGGAACGGUAACGGCAACGGCAACGGCAACAGCAACGCGAAUGGAGAUCGCCUCUCCUUUUCCAGCCCCGUCACCCCACGCUCGGCCGAGAGCUUCACUUCAGUGGAUGAGAGCAAUGACGCCAACCAGCAUCGCGCGCUCGCGAAGAGCAACAAGUCUACUGCGCCGACUGUAGCCACGAACCCCGAGACGGUCCACUCAGGAAGGUCCAAGGCAGACACAGGCUUCAGCAAUCUGGGCAACAACAGCACCUUUUCGUCGCCGAACCACUCCGAGCGUUCCCUCACCACUACCUUGACGACUAUACAAUCGACCGCUCCUUCAAAUGCAUUGGGAGGGAGCAAUGCGCAGAACGCACAGCCUGCAAAUGGACUGCCUGUGCAGUUCUCACACCAGUUCCCAACUUCGCCACCUCCUUCAGCUAUUCCUCCCCAUCUGAACCCGCAACAGCCACAGCCGCACUCUUACCAGGCUGCGACCGCAAACAAUAUCUUAACAGACAAUGCAUCUAUCCUGACGCUAGCAUCCUCUUCCAAGCGCCGACGUCGAAACUCGCUUGACACAAAUGCUUCCGUCCGCGCCCUAGCACCGUCCUCGGUUUGGGGUGGAAGUCGAGAAUCGCUUCCCUUGAGUGUCCUGUCCGGCACGGCCGACACCAUCUACAGCCCAGCUAACAGGCCUGGUGGUGUUAGUGGCUUCGCCAACGCGGAACGCGCAAGCGUGUAUUCGUCUUCAGGGGUUGCGGCACCCGCUUUGCCCAGCGAGCGCAACAGCUAUUAUGCAAACAAGCAAAACACGGACGGAAUGAGCGUUCGCAGCGGACUGUUAGGCCAUGGCCGGACCGAUAGUAUCAACGGCAGCAUUGGACCGAACCCUGCAAGCCCUCUCGCUAGCCCCAGGGAGACGGCGGUACCGGCCAAGAUGAGUCGACGAAGCUCAGACUGGCAAGAUGCGGGUGAGGGUAGCGUUGCGGGAGAUGAGGCAGAUGUUCCAGCGAGUCCUGUCUCAGUCGAGCAUAAUGAUAAGGGAAAAAGCCAAGUGAUAUGA